GGCAUUGAAACGAUUCGAUUCAUAAAAUAUGCAGUGGAAUCAGGAAAAUGUUUUGAAGUUUAUAGAACUUUAUCGUAAUAAGGAACUACUGUGGGAUCCUAAGCAUAAACUAUACUUUAACAAAAUUCUAAAAAAUGAUGCUUGGACCGAAAUAUCAGAACAGAUGAAUUGUGGUGCAUCCGUUCAAGAGUUAAAGAAAAAAAUGGAAAGUCUACUUGGUCAAUUGAGAAGAGAGAAGGGAAAAACAAAAAAAAGUGCAGCUGAAGUGUACAAGUCAUCUUGGUACGCAUACGAACAUAUGACGUUUCUUCUUGAUAGAAAUAAGCCUCGCACUCAUAUGAAUACGGAGAAUCUUGAAGGAGAGGAUAACCAUGACUCAAAUAUGGCAACUCCAGCAUCUGAAAAUGAUGUAUCUAGAGAAGAAACGGAACGCUCCAUUUUAACAGAAAAGGCGUUUUCCAAACCAAUUGAAAAAGCACCUAAAAGGAAAAAAUAUUCCCAUGAUUCAGAAAAUGAAAUGAUAAAUUCUGCCUUCAAAAUGCUCUCCUCGGCAUCAGCUGCAGUAAACGAGGUUUCAGCCAGAGCGUCAGCUUCAGACGAUAGUCAAAUAUAUGCUAAUUUUAUAGCUAGCAAGAUGCGGACGUACUCCCAACGUACCAAAAAUUCCUUGCAGCAUCAAAUAAGUAAUUUGCUUUUCCAAGCUGAUAACGGUUACUUUGAGUAUUAUCAAGAUUAUCAGGGACCACAUGGAUAUUCAUCACGUCAAAGUAGUACACCAGUACAAUCUCCGGUUACACCCAAUGAGCCUGGCCCUAGUUCGUCGCAGAGUAUAUUAUCUGCUACUUCACCAGGCAUAAUUAGUGAUGAAAAUGACACGCAAGAUUCAUUCAGAGAUUUGUUAUCCAUUUGA